AUGUAUCACGUAUUCUUAGGCGCACCUUCAUUGCAAGAGUCGCGUGGACGCCAAUUGGAAUACCGUUGGGAACACAUAGUGUCCUCACCAGCGCCAGCGGUAUUGGAUGUCGAUGGCUUGCCUCCGACAUCUGCGGCACUGGAAGCCGCUAGUCGUCGAAUUUCGGGUCUAUACGAAAAUACGAUAUUUCAGGGAGAUGAAGAGGAUAUUACCGGACAGCUUGAUGAUGAAUGUACGCAUGUAGAUGUAUCAACCAUGAUAACCUGGUCACCAACAAACCCUGUGGACAACGAAGAAAGAUUACAGACUUCGACUAUAUCGUUCUUGGAAACAUCUUCAUCUCUGAUGGAGACUCAGGAGACGCAAGAAACGCAUUACUCGGACACCUCAUCUAUAGUUCGAUUCCCGACGUUUCAUUUCAAUCUCCAUACUCUCGUGGCGCUGGGCGGCUUGCAUAGUGGAGGUUCUAGGAAAAUGAACUUUCUUCUCGUUGUGCUUGAGGUCGACGGUCCUGACACCAUUAGGACGAAAAGGGGUCCCGAUGCAGGUAAAGAGAUCAGCAUUCUAAAGAUGAUCCUAGGAGACGACGAAGGAAAGAUGUGUAAACUUACAGCGUGGAGAGAAAUAGCCGACAUAUGGGGAGGGAUGACUGGUUCUGUAAGGGUGAAACGCGGUGAUAUCGUUUUCCUGGAAAAUGUCACCGCUACUUGCGAACCUCAAGCUUCGCCUGCACUUUCGGCCUCGCCGUAUCUGAAAUCUAAACUUCAGAUAUGCUAUCGAACUUUGGUGUACACCCAGGCAGAUGCGAGGUUUCGACCAGAUCUGAGGCUUGGAGUCAGCGAUCCUUCUGUCAGGAAAGUGGAAAGUCUCGUUCGAUGGUUUGAGACGAUGGCUGGGUUGAAUCGUCCUAUCCGUACAUGAUACUCGGUCCUCUGUUACACAGAAAGUCAUUCGCGCUUUCAGUACAUCAGUUCCAUUCCUGGCUUGUUCUGUGGCUUC